AUGAGACAGUCUAUCCAGGCGCUUAUAUGUUUUGCUACUAUAGCUGCAAGCUACGAACUGCCUGAAAACCUGAGAACACUUUACAAUAGACACAAGGCUGGAUCCUGCUCCAACCGACUUUCCGAACCUUUCGACGGAGGAGCCAGUUACUGCGGUGAUAUUCAGAAUGCUAUCUUCCUCAAGAGUAAUGGCGGAUACGACAAUAUGGACAUUGAUUGUGAUGGCAGCAACAACUCUGCUGGAGAUUGCGCAAAUGACCCUACUGGUCAGGGGCAGACUGCCUUUAAGGACACUGUUCGCAAUUACGGCAUAGACGACCUAGACGCAAAUCUACAUUCAUACGUCGUCUUUGGUACUGAGUCGUUCCGUCCACAGGACCAUGGUCUCAAGCCUCUUAGUGUCAUGGCAGUGGUUUGCGAUGACAAAGUCUUCUAUGGCGUUUGGGGUGACACAAACGGCUUCACAUCAACUGGCGAGGCAUCUAUAGCCCUUGCCCAGUUGUGUUUCCCCAACGAAGGCCUCAAUGGCAACAACGGCCAUGACCCCAACGAUGUCCUGUAUCUUGGAUUUAUUGGUGACAACACAGUGCCAGGGGCUCAAGGUGCUAUUUGGGAUGCUAGUAGUCGCGAGCAAUUCCAGGAGAGCAUCAGAGCUUUGGGUGAGGGAUUAGUCGCAGGUCUUUCUGCGUAA